UCGGAUGGUUUCGGACCGACUAGUCACGUUAUAUUCAUGCUCAUACGGCGCCGCGUCAUCCUAAUCGAAUUGAAGGGUUUCUCUUCACUUUCGUCGACGUCUUCACAAAUCCAGCUAACGCGAUGGCUGGCGACAAGGAUACUCUUCUGGGGAUGGGAUUUGACCCUGCCCGUGUCGAAUGGGCCUUGAAAGCAACGGGUAAUCGGGGACUUCAGCCUGCUAUGGACCACAUUCUUGAGAACGAAUCUAAACCUGUGCCGAGUGUGGAAAACGUAUCGGAGUCUUCUGCGCCAGCUUCCAGCGCGAUGGAUGUAGAUCAAGACGAGGAAGAUGCUGAAGCAUUGCAAAGUUUGGGCGGUGUCACAGCGAACGCGGUUGAGGCAAAGAGUAUCAAGUGCUCAGAGUGUGGCAAAAUCUUCAAGAACACGGCUCUCGCCGAAUUUCACGCUGAGAAGAGUGGCCACGACCAAUUCGAGGAAUCCACAGAGGAGGUCAAGCCACUUACUGAGGAAGAGAAGAAGGAACGACUGGCGGAGUUGCGCGCAAAAAUGGCGGAGAAACGCUCUCGCAAAACCAUCGAGGAAGCUGCGGAACAAAGGGCCAAUGAACAAUUGAGGCGGAAAGCUGGAAAGGAUUUGCACAAAGUACGAGAGGACCUGCAAGCAAAAGAAGCAAUCAAGGAAGCUCAGCAGAAGAAACGAGACAAGAUUGAGGAAGCUAAAGCUAGAGCCGCUGUCAAAGCACAGAUCGAGGCAGAUAAGAAGGCUCGUGCGGAGAAGGCUGCCCGGGAGAAAGCACUCCGUGAAGGACUGCCAAUAGAGGACGCAGGAGCCUCGACGUUGGCGGCGGUGGCGGCUCAUCCUGGUGCAUCAACAUCUGGCGUAGCUGGCAAAGAUUUUAAAGAAACACGUCUACAAAUCCGCAUGUCUACCGGAGGUCAACCUUACACGACUUCGCUACCUAGCGAUUCUCCAUUAAGUGCAGCAGCAGAAUUCCUUGCUGCCCAGACUCUGACCGUCAGUGUGGAAACUGUCACUUUUGCACAACAUUUCCCAAGGAAAACAUUCUCGCGUUCUGAUUUUUCGAAAUCUCUUAGGGAACUUGGCUUAACACCAUCCGCCGUCCUCAUCGCAACGCCGUAACUUGAGACUGUCCACAAAUUAAAUGUGAACAGUUUAGUCAUAAUUUGAAUCCAGAUAUUUGUAACCGUA